AUGGCUGCCUUUGUGGAUCCUAGAUUUAAGACACGUUACAUCAGCCCAGAACAAGUAGAGGCCAUUAAAGAACGAGUACUGUGUGAAAUGAUGGACGAAGACCCCAGCCAAUCAGAAGCUGAGAUUCCAGAGGGAACAGGAGGCCAGGGGGCAGAAGAAGAAGGUCAGCAGUCUUCCCCAUGA